AUGGGUAUCCUCACUCUUGCUGAAGAUAGGCCGACGCCGCCUUCGGUGUACAACUGGCGCAUUUAUGUGCUUGCCGUUGUUGCCUCGUGCGGUUCCAACAUGAUCGGCUAUACAAGUGCCUUUAUUGGUACAACCAUCACGCUCGAUUCGUUUAAGAAGGAGUUCGGGAUCGAUACGAAGACUGUCGAGGAGCGAAACUUGAUCAGUGAGAACAUUGUUUCGCUUUUCAUCGCUGGCGCUUUCUUUGGCGCGCUUCUCACUUACGUUCUCAGCCACUGGGUUGGCCGCAAAUGGUGUCUCGCCAUCGCUUCCGCUACCUUCACGCUUGGAGCUGGUCUUCAGUGCGGUGCCGACUCUAGCACUGGGUUAGGAAUUUUAUACGCAGGUCGUGUUCUAUCAGGUCUUGGAACCGGUUUUGCAAGCAACAUCAUCCCGAUCUACAUUUCCGAGCUGGCGCCUCCUGCCAUUCGAGGUCGUCUGGUCGGUCUGUACGAGCUUGGCUGGCAGAUUGGUGGCCUCGUAGGAUUCUGGAUCAACUAUGGUGUCCAGAAGCACAUGCCCGAAAGCCACCAACAAUGGAUCGUCCCGUUCGCUGUCCAGAUCAUCCCAUCGGGUCUUCUCUUCCUCGGAACCCUCUGGCUUCGCGAGUCCCCUCGAUGGCUGUUCCUCAAGGAACGCAGAGCACAGGCCAUGAAGAACCUUUGCUGGAUUCGACAGCUCCCACCUACCGAUCUCUACAUCACGGAAGAGGUAUCAGCCAUUGAUCACGCUCACGAGAUCCAGAAGUCGACUGUCGGUAUUGGACUCUGGAAGCCUUUCCAAGCCCUCAAGGAUCGACCAAACAUGAUGUGGCGUCUCUUCUUGGGAUGCAUGCUGUUCUUCUGGCAGAACGGCUCUGGAAUCAACGCCAUCAACUACUACUCCCCAACUGUGUUCUCGAGCAUUGGAGUUCAGCAUGAUACCGUAAACAUAAUGACAGGUAUCUUUGGUGUCGUCAAGGCUGUGAUGACCUUUGUCUGGCUUCUCUUCCUUGUUGACCAGCUUGGCCGAAGAAAGCUUCUACUUAUUGGUGGUAUCACUGGCUCUAUCUGUAUGUGGGUAUUGGGUGCAUACAUCUACGUCGUCGACCCUACCAAGAACCCUCAGGAUCAUUUGACUGGCAGUGGUAUCGCUGCUAUCGUAUUCUUCUACCUCUGGACCGCCGUCUACACUCCAACAUGGAAUGGUACGCCCUGGGUCAUCAACUCCGAAUUCUUCGACCCCAGUUUCCGAUCCCUCGCUCAGGCCUGCACGACCGCCAGCAACUGGCUUUUCAACUUCCUCGUCUCGCGUUUCACAGAGCAGAUGUUUGCUGCAAUGGGAUACGGUGUCUAUAUGUUCUUUGCGACUCUGUCAUUCUUCGCCUUCAUCUUCGCCUUCUUCCUGAUUCCCGAGACUAGUGGAAUUCCAUUGGAGCAAGUUUACAGACUCUUCAAGAUCAAGCCAAUCUGGAAGGCAGACAAGAUCCUCAAAGAGCAACUAAAGCAGGAGGAGCAACAGUUCAGAUCUGAUGUCAAGGGUGAAGUGAGCCAAUCAGAGAACCUUGAGGACGUCAGUGACAAGCGAGGUGAGGUCUGA